CCUCUCCCACACAUCACUGCUGCAGUGUCUCAGUGCCUCAGUCUCUGACCUUCCACAGGGACCAUGCAAGCAUUUGUUCCCAGGUCGUAUCUGACCCCGGUCAGGGAUGAAGAAGCGGAGUCUCAGAGGAAAGCGAAGUCUCGUCAUGCCAGACAGACCCGUAGGUCAACACAGGGCGUGACUCUAACAGACCUGAAAGAGGCUCAGAAGACCAACAGCCAGCCUCCUCCAGACAGACAGACGGAGGAAGGAGGCACUCUGGAUGAAAGGACCUGUCUGAGGAAAGGCAUGAUGGAUGACAGACGAGUCAAAAUCGGCCUGACAGAGUCCACGGAAACAACGGAGAUCAUUCCGAAAUGGAGCAAAAUGGACGAGCAGGGGAACAUUGAACCCAGGUUAGAAACCCUCGCUGAGUCUCCGAUACCAAACCUUUCACAUUCAUCUAUUGCUGGAUCCUGUGGCCUGCUUUACUGCAACAACUCCUUCAGAGCUGGUGAGAGAUGGUGGAGAGAUGAAAAUCAGAACCCUGUUAAAGAUGCAGCACAGCUGAGCCUUUCAAGAAAGCAGCAACAAAGACGACUCUGCGGUGACGUCGGCGAUUCAGACUACAACACUACAAAGUACCAAUAG